CUCCCGAAUGUCUGCUAUCUCGCGCAUCCGGAAAUAGGGAAUUUCUCAUCAUGGCUGACGUGGAGUUCCACGGCCAAGAGCAGGGAAUGAUGAAUGAUGUGUCUCUGGAAGGGGAGAUAACUGUUCCUGGCCUAGCUCAAUCAGAAGAUGACGAUGAUCAAUUCUCUACCUUGGAUGAACCAGUCAAAGAGACGGUGAUGCGAGAUGUCAAAGCAGUGGGACAAAAGUUUUUCCAUGUGCUAUAUCCAAAAACAAGUAGAGUACUUCUAAAGGAAUGGGACUUGUGGGGCCCACUGAUCCUGUGUGUCUUUAUGGCAAUGAUGCUACAGGGCUCAUCCGAACAUCUGGACAAGAUGAACGACGGAGGCCCACAAUUUGCUGAAGUGUUUGUGAUCUACUGGGUCGGAGCAGUGGUGGUCACACUCAAUACCAAACUUUUAGGAGGCAACAUCUCGUUUUUCCAGAGUAUUUGUGUGCUGGGAUACUGUGUGUUCCCGUUAACGGUGGCCUUGGUGGUGUGCCGUAUUGUCCUUAUAGCUGACCAAACAACGGCUCUGUUUAUAGUCCGAUUCAUCAUAGUGGUCGUAGCCUUUGCUUGGUCAACUUUUGCCUCCACAGCAUUCCUUGCAGACAGCCAACCAUCCAAUAGGAAAGCCCUGGCUGUGUAUCCAAUAUUCCUGUUUUAUUUCGUCAUCAGUUGGUUGAUUAUAUCGCACACACAUACAUAACACAAACAAUUUAAAGCGAUGUAUAUUGUAUUAUAGGUAAAUUAUGAUAACCGUGGGAAUUUUUCAUUUUUUGUUCAUUCAUAACAUUUCCAUAAUUUAUUUUCUGUGUUGAACAAAAUGUGUGUCCAUAUAUACAAGUAAUACAACUUUAUCCCUGGUACUUCUAUUCAAAUAUCGCUCUACAAUUUAAACUUUUUUUUUUUUCCUCGAGCGAUACAAUAUUGGUGAUUGUUACAAGAUAUUUACGGUACAUGUACACAUAUAUUCUGUACAUGUGCUGUGAACCUAUGAUUUUGUUCACAAAACCUAAAAGAUUCUCUUGAUGUUAAGAAUACUAAGGGAUCAAAUUGGACAGGUUUCCCUUACAUUAAAAAUGAUAUUUUAUCAUGGGACACAAAAGACCUGAAUACAGUUGGGGGGAAAACCUGUCUAAUCUGACCCUAAGUAUUUCAACAUCCUUUCUAAUCAAACAUAAUGUUGUAAUCCAAUUCCUUAUUUAACCUGUGUAUUCUGAAAUACUGUCAAAUCUGACCAAUAUGUUGUGUCACACAAGGUGUCAGGAUUAAACAUAUUUCACUGUAAUAUGAAAAAUUCCUGAUAAUUAUCAUGUUUGAAUUCUUGAAAAUGUGAUAGACUUGUAUAAACUUACCGGUACAUCUUCCAUAUUCCAUCUUCUACAGGAUUUACGUUUUAAUGCUGACAAAUAAAUGUAGCUUUAAACACCAUUUAAAGUGUACAUCAUGGAAUUAAAUGGGGGUUUUUCUAGCAAAUUCGAGAGUUAUGUCUGAGUGUGUAUGAAGAUAGUUUAAAGAGUAUAUUUAUCAGACAUAGAUGGACUUUGUGUAAUAAAUGUGUUGAUGAAGAAAAAUCAAUAUUUAGCCAAAACUUGAAUAGACAGAUGCUGGAAAAGAAGCUUGGCAAGAAUUGAAUGUGAAUAUACUUAAAUCCAAUUACUUUUGUGUGUGGGACAAGGUUGUCUGAAGCAAGACAGAGGUGUGUGAUAUAUCUAUUAUCUGUUAUCAAUGACACAGUAGCAUCAUCAUUGUGAAUGAAUGGAAGCCAGAAAUAUUUUUACUGUAGCUACAUCCUUGAUACUUCAGGGGUUAUGCUCACUUUUGCCCUCUGCACCCCUGGAAUAUGUCAUAGUAAAGAUUGACCUCGGGUAAAAAAAAAAAAAAAAUCAAAUCAAUUUUUCUGUUGCGCGAAGGUGAGAUUCUUUUGAUGUACAUCAAAGGAUAAAACUAGAUUUGUUGUCUCCAUUCUCAAGGUGGCACAUACUGAGCCUUCGAUUUUGCUAUGACAUAUUGCAGGGGUGCAGAAAGUGAAAGUGAGCAUAACCCUUGGAGGAUUGAGAAUGCUGUAAAAUGUUUUGCCAAAAGACACAAAUGAUUUGAAACAUGACUUUAAGGCAUGAAAGUCAUGUUUUGUUACAAGCUUACUUUUCUGUAUAAAUGAUCACUGUGUGUCUCUAUAGCAUCUAAAGUUUGGAUGUAGGUAAAGUUUGGAUGUAGGUAAAGUAAAGUUUGGAUGUAGGUAAAGUUUGAAUCUAAUUAAGUCUGUUGGUUCUACUAGUGUUAUACUAUAUAUCGAGUAAUUUUCGCCCAGUCAAACUUUUGCCCUUUGCUGGUAAAAUCCAUAUUCGCCCAGUUUUAAUUUCGCCCUUCACGUUUAAUCACUUUUUAUUAUGCUGUAUACUUAUUUGCUGAAAUGAUAAACUCGCCCUCAUUACAGUGGGCGAAAAAGGCGAAAAUUGAAUUCUCGUUGUACAGUAUAUUAGUAGUCCAGCUGUAGCUGUAGAUUUCCACACUUUUUAAAACUAGGUGAAGGUGUGAAAGUGAUUUUUUAAAUUUUAUGCAAAAUAUAAUCUCUUCUUAAUAAAACAUUAUUUGUAUCACUAUUUAUUAGUUUCUUGUUGAGGGAUAUUCCCCCCUGUAUCUUAAUAUCGGUAAUGUAAAUAAAAUGGAUGUAGAUGUUGAUUAAAGUUGUUUUGAGCGGUGAUGUCUCGGUUUUGAAUAAGUAAUCAUGGAUAUAUAGUAUGAUAAUUCAUACUGUCAGUCUCGGCAUUUGUUAAAUAUAAACAAUGUUUCAAUAAUUGAAACUUUUAUGACACAGCGUAUCCAUGACAUGUCCUGUAAAUAAUCCCAACUUAUUUGAGUUUAAGGAAUAUAUGUAUUUGAAUCUUUGUACAUACAAUGUAUGAAAGACCUUUGCUUAUGAUACUGUAUAACAGGAAAUAUUCGUGGGUACUUUCCUUGGUGGUCUGAAACUAUGAAGAUAGUUUUGUGGUGCAAACUUUUUGUGGAUACCUCAUAUAAACAAACAUUUUUCAAGAA